UGCGGACAGAGGAGAAAUAAAGUGGCGGCAAAAACCAAUCACCGCUGUCAAAAUGGCGGCCGGACGCGGCGAGUUUUACUCGAGUGUUGCGGAGGGUUUUCAGAGGCUGUCUGCUCUGCUCGCUCCACCGGCUCCUGGUACACGAGCACCGGCUCUCAGCAGCAGAGGAGUGCCCGGUCCCGGCAGACGACAAGCCGAACCGGAGAGAAGACGCGCAGGAGGCCGAGGGAGGGGGAAGAAGAGGGGGAGACAACUGCCGCAGGCAGAACCGACGGCUGGCAAGGUUGAAACCAGCAACCAAAAAGAAGGAACACACACAAAACACGGAGCAGAUUUACUCCAAGUCAGAGAUUCUUCAUCUAAAGCCAACUACUUGGAAAGGUUACCGACCGAGAUCCUGAUCAAGAUCCUGUCGUACCUCAACGCACCUUCACUGUUCUGCAUCAGUCAUGUUAGCAAACUCUUCCACCGGCUUGCCAACGACGACGUCGUGUGGCAGAAGAUUUACAUGUCAGAGUUUAUGAGUCAGGCGUGGAAACCGAGGACGGCGGACGGUUUGGAGACAAAGGGUGUCGCCGUGGAGACGGAGGACCAGUUGGUUGGUCACUGGAAGAAGAUGUACUUCAGGACUGUGGCUGGACAAGAGAUGGACAAGUGGAGGAGAGAACUGAAGGCCAAGAGUCCGUACACGGGGCUGCCGCGCCAGACCGAGUGGGUCCUCAGGAACCUGAACAUGAGUUGGGAGUUGACAGUGUACGACCGCUCUGGCUCGGAGAGUUGCCUCGACAUGAGUCGAGCGCACUUCUUUGAAUCGUCGGUUAUCGUAUGCUGGAACAAAUGCAACUUCUCCAACCACCGACACAUCGCCAGUAUCCAGCUGCACGGUGUCAGGAAGGAGGCGCCCACGAGUCUGAAAAUCAGGAAGGACUGGAGGUCUCUGAUUUUAAGAGUGGACAGGGAUUCGCCUCACCGCGUCAUCGGCAAAGACAAACUCAUGGAACUGGUUCAUGUGUCUCCCGGUGUUAUCAUUGGUGUCUGGAGGGGUCAGGGAAACGUGGCCUUCAUCAUGAUCAGCCUUCACUUCCACAGGCUCGUGGAAAAGAGUCUGCUCGGUUCUCCGGCCUGUCCGUACUCUGGACCCGCGGAGCGACCGCUGUCCUGCAGCUGGGACCCUAAACUCGCUCUCCACGGUUACACGCUGCACUUUGUUCUGCACAACACGGGCACGGCGAUCAUGUCGGGUCACUCCCGCCAGCUCUCCUGUCGCACAGUUCAGAUCCAGCACGGACUGUUGGAGCUGAGGUUCAUCAACCGGACCAACGUGUCGCAGCACAGGUCGCUGUCGGGAAACGUGAACCUGCCGUGGAAGAGCGACUCUCUGGAGGGUUCAGUGGAGAACUGCUGCAUCAUGACGAUGACGCUCCUCGACGAGUCCCAGGAACCCUUCUGGUGCGUCAGCUCUCCCAUCUGUAUCCGGAUGGCGGAGAAGCCGCAGCGCUCGGACUACAGCGGCGAGUGCUUCCUGAUGGACUACCGAGACGCCGACGGUAAGGUGAAGAUGGAGCUGGUGUGGCUGAAGGAGGAGAAGCAGUUUUUCCUCUUCGGCCUCACUGUCUACGUCUCCGUUCUUAAAGUCAACAAACACUACGGCCGAAGCAGCUGAGUUUGUGACGCGACACUCUGACUCAUCAGUUCUUCUUUUCUGUUCAGAGGAAAAUUUCAUUACUUGUUCACAAAGUGAAUAAAACAUUCAUUUGUA